AUGGGAGGGGGACCCGCCUUGAGGCAGGCGACCUCGGGGCGGAGGGGGAGGGGGGCCCGCCACGAGGCAGGCGGCCUCGGGGAGAAGGGGGAGGGUGGCUCGCCACAAGGCAGGCGGCCUCGGGGCUGGGAAAGAGGGGAGGAGCCUCGAGGCAAGAGGCGUCGGGGAGGAGGGGGAGGGGGGCACGUUAAGAGGCAGGCGGCCUCAGAGCGGAGGGAAAGGGGCUGCGGAGGAGAGAAGGCGGCCUCGAGGAGGAAGGGAGAGGGCAGGCGACGUAGAGGCAGGAGGCGGAAAGGGGUUCGUCUCGAGGCAGGCGACCUCGGAGUUGAGGGGGAGGGGGCCCCGCCUAAAGGCAGGCGUCCUCGGGACAGGAGGGAGAGGGGGCCCCGCCUCGAGGCAGGCUUCCUCGGGGUAAGAGGGGGAGGGGGGCCCCGCCUCGAGACAAGCGGCCUCAAGGCAGAAAGGGGACCGUCUCGAGGCAGGCGGCCUCGGGGCGGACAGGGGAGAGGGAGGGACUCCCUCGGGGCGGAGUGCGAGCACCCCGAAGCGGGCUCUGCCUCGAGGAAAGCGGCCUCGGAGCGGAGGCCCCAAGAAAGGCAGCCUCGGGCGGAGGGGGACCCGAGGGGCCUGCCUCGGGGUAUAGCAUGGGCACCCCGAGGUAGGCGGCCUCGGGGAGGAGGGGUAGGGAGGCCUCUACCUCGAGGAAAGCGGCCUCAGAGCGGAGGGGGGGCCUGCCCCAAGGCAGGCAACCUCGGGCAGAGGAGGGGGUACGCCUCGGGGCAGGCAAGCGGCCUCUGGGCGGAAGAGGGGCCGCCUCGAGACAAGCAGCCUUGGGGCAAGGGGUGA